AUGUCGAAAGGCAAAGAGAUAGUCAUGGAACCUUUGGCUAAGGAUUUGAAUGAAGAAUUGGUAAGAUAAACUCUCAUUUAUCCUAGGCUUAGGCGUUUUUCGAAAAUCGGCGGCUGAAUUUUCCGGAAAUGACACAAAAAGUAGAUACAAAAGAUAGACACAUGCGAAUUACCUAGAAAUACUAGAAAUGCAUAUAUUCCAUAGCUUUUUUUCUAGCCAAACAACUAAAGUUUGCACCUUUAUUUUUAUCAUUAAUGCCGCUCCUUCUGGGGCCGGUUGUAUACGAAAGGUGGAUAAAUGGCUAUCAUGCAUGUGCGUGGAUAAGUCGCUAUCCAGCGGAUAAAUUUUAUCCAGAUGAAAAUCGCAUUGUAUGAAGCGUGGAUAGCGUUAUCCAACGGAUAAAAAGGCACUAUCCGUUGGGUACAUUUAUCCGAGGUCCAUGCAGAGGUAGUUUAAAUCCACUAUCCCGUGGAUAAAACUUAAAACGUUGGGUCUUCAUAGCGUUAAAACCUGUAUGUUGCUCUUUCAAUAACAAAGCUCAAAUUCAUAUAUUUAUAUGAUUUUCGACAUGGCGCUAUACCGAAUCCCUGGCUUUCACUUGUAUAACUUACCUCGAGUAUGCAUACCAGACGAAAACGUCCUAUAUGCUAUUAGUCUGACAGCGAUUUGCGAGCACGGUAUCGUUUCGGCAUGCAGAGAAGCAAUCGUGACUAUCGUCCGACUUGUUGAAGACGAAAUUAGCCCGUCAACCAACCGAAGCUUCCCUAUUUUGGCGAUCAACCAAGUUGUUGGAGAUACCAUUGCAGGGGCAGACAAGUCUAAAGGCCGGCGCACACUAGAGCUAUGUGCUUAGCAAAAUGUCAUUCGUGACUGUUGGCGUAAGGAGAUAGCUCUCGUGUGCGGGCGAUUUACGAACGACUUUUGUCAUUCGUGCCACUUACGCCACGGUUAAUAGCGCCAAAUAUCUAACAUGUUUGAUAAUUUCUGCCUCGCGUGCCAAAAUCUUUCCGUGUGCGGCGAACGAAAGCUAUCUGCUUACGGAUUGUCGUAACAGCGCAUGCGUAGUAUACGAAAGUAAACAUCCAAGAUGGCGGCGCAAAAUGAAUUGCUGGCCCAGGCAAUUUUAGAGGACAAACUUGUCGAACUUUGGCCUGAAUAUAAAUGUUUAUACGAUGUGAGUUCUGCAGAUUUUAGAAAUAGGGACAAAAGGGAAUGUACGGUGAAAGAAAUAGCCAGUAAGUUUGUCCUCUAAAAUUGCCUCGGCCAGCAAUUCAUUUUGCGCCGCCAUCUUGGAUGUUUACUUUCGUAUACUACGCAUGCGCUGUUACGACAAUCCGUAAGCAGAUAGCUUUCGUUCGCCUCACACGGAAAGAUUUUGGCACGCGAGGCAGAAAUUAUCAAACAUGUUAGAUAUUUGGCGUAAGUGGCACGAAUGACAAAAGUCGUUCGUAAAUCGCCCGCACACGAGAGCUAUCUCCUUACGCCAACAGUCACGAAUGACAUUUUGCUAAGCACAUAGCUCUAGUGUGCGCCGGCCUUAACGUUUCCAGAAUUGUUCGUCGAAUAACAUUGGCUCUCGCUCAUGUACUUGAUGAUUUUGUAAAAUCUCCACAAACCCAACAAGAAUAGGAUGAAAUCAAACAAUUAAGGAUUUUCUGAGCUUCGAGAUUUUCCUAAUUGUGUUAUCGGAUGUGCGAGCAUGCUUUUACCGUCGCUAAUUUUUUAAGCGAGCGAAGGAGCAAAAACAAUACAAAAGUGCUAAAGUUGUGGAGAAACUCUUUAAACAAAUUAACCAUGAAGUCAAUUAAUUUGUACUAAUAUUUUAAAAGGUGUUGAAAAAUUAGAAUAACGAGUCCUGUGUGUACAAAUUUCAAAUUUCUCAAUCUCCGUGUUAUAACAAUAUAUUUACAGGAAGAAGUGGCAGAUGAGAUAAAAGAGAAACAAAAGGAAAAAACAGAACUUUUGAAAUCAAUGGAUCUUAGUCAGUAAGUUUUUGUCUAUUCGGUACAAGUGAACGUUUACGUACAAUGAUUGCCGUAGGUAUCUACCUUGUAGCCUGACUUCCAGACUCUAUUAAUGUCAAUUUCACACAUUUUGUGACAGGCCCUCUUUUCCCUUUCAUCGACUAGCAUUUACGACGGAAGAGUAGACAGGGCCUGAUACUCAGUAUACUUACAAAGGAUUUUUCGACGUGUCAGCCAGAAACCUUAGGUUUAGACUCUCCCAACGCGUAACAGUUGUGGUUGGAAAAAGAAUAUUCAUGCAAAAUAUUUUACAUGUUUUUUUUUCUUGUAUUUCCUAGAUAUGCAAUUACGGGCAAAGACGAUGACUGGAAAGAGGCAUUAAAAAGCAAAGGACCUGCUAAGAUGAUCAGUAUUGCAAGGUAUGUAUUUAUCUUUUAACACAAUCAGAGAAUUGGAAAAAAAAUUUGACCGACGUUCGUAUACAACGUCUCCAGUCGCAAGAAAUAGAGACCGUACGAUUUAGGACGGUAACGCGACGGCAACGCGGCUACCAAUACAAUAGAUUAUUGAAAAGAAUUGAAUAAUUACAAUAUAUGAAUAAUUUAGACAUUGUCCUCGCUCUGUUUACAACGCCAAAUCACAGAUUUUCACGUCUUGAUACAACGGCUGCAUUUCAAGCCUGCAAUAAGUGCAACUUCAAACUGGGUAUAUAACUCUUCCCAAUCAUAAAACCCAUGUCUUCAACUUCUAAGACUGUAUUCAAUUCAUACGAUUGAUAAUAUACGACGAUUUAUCUUUACUAUACCAUUUAUUUGAAGGAGCCAUUUUGGCCGUUGUCGUGGCGUUGCCGUCCUAAAAUUGUAAGGUCUCUAAUAACCUGUUACCAACGCAAGUCAAACGUAAAUGAUACGUCAAAUGCAAGUCAAACAUUGGUUGGUGCGGCCAGAUUAGUAUAUCGCAAUAAAAUCUGCAUAACGGCCAGAUUUGUAUAUCGUAACUAUACACAAAAGGUUGUAAUAUAUAAUAUAUGAAUAUAUAUGGGUGACUCCCCAGUUCAUGGUAAUAAGAAUAGUACAGAAUCACUUGCGACUUAAUUGACUCGGUCAAUGGCAAAAUAACUUGUGAUUUGACUUCGACUUGCCAAAAAAGACUUGUUGACAACUCUGGUAAUCCAAUCCGAUCCAAUUCGGGAAUAAAUAUUAAAUCAGAACCGAUGUCUUAAUUUUGUUUCGUAAGAAUAAUCCAUACAACAUCAGCACAGAUACAUGGAAAGCAUACUAUAACAUUCUUCAAAUGAUACUACGUUGAGAUUUGGUAAUAAAAAGACUAUCCAAUCUUUUUUUAACUGUUCAUUGUUGAAGGAAAGUUUGAUGGAGUCAUUGUGUUUUCAUAACUAAACCACCAUGUGAAACCAUUUCUAAACGGAAAAGCCGAAGUAAGCUGGUAGAUCAAUUGUUUUCGGCGAGUUUAAUGACAUUUAGUAACGAAAUCCGACAUACCAGUCAGUCUUGGACGUAUCCCUUGAGAGCAUUCUGGCGAAUAUUGCAACGUUAAUGCAGAUUUACAAAACAAACUUCAUCACCCCCUCUCCCCCAGUUCAAUGUUGCAAUCAGCGCAAAAAAAAACGUUUGGUAACUUACCAUGACACGAGCUCAACAUUGAGUUUGAGCAGCAAGGGCUUAAGAGGCGCAGCAUGAUUUAACAUGGAAUUUAUCAUAAUGGGUAUACGGAUUUUUUAUAGAGGGAAAGGUGUUCUAGAGCAGUUAUGUCCAAAAUUGCAAUAUCAAGGAUAAAUUCGAUUCGAUCCGACAGAAAAACAAAAAAAUCCGAUCCAACCGGACACGUAAACUUUUGACCGAAUCAAAUCAGAUUGGGUUUGGCACACUAGUCGCUACCCAAAAGCGAUCCACACUCGUGUAAAAAAUUCCAAGUAUAAGGGUUUAAUCAAUAUGAUCACAUGUAUCUUAUAUAGGAUAUAUUCAAAAAGUAUCAAGUUAAUUAUAAAUUUUAACAUUAUUUAUUUAAACUUUUGCUACUAUAGAGUACCGUUUUCGCUGACCCAAUUUACCUUUCUUUUCUAGUGACAAGCCAUCUAAGCGAAAAUCUCUGGUAAGCAUUAAAUUUUUGCACUCAUUUUUUCACUGCUAUAAACAUUUUAUAUACAAUCUCUGCUCCCGAUGGAAAUAGUUAUAGUUUUGUUUUCCCGAGAGUCCCAAUGUUUCCCUAGACGAAGUCGAGACAGACAUUAAGUAUUUGUUAUAUCUAUAGCGACGAAAGAAAAAUCGACAACAUUCAUACAGCAAUUGUAUUUCAUGGCAAAAACUCUAUUGUGUAAACGAGUUUAAAAUGAAAAGAACCUACUGAAACGGUUUUAGUAUCGUAUUGUGUAUUUUUCUUCUCUUUUACAUUUUUUUAUUUUAACACGAACUUGAAAAAUCAUAUAGUUUAUAAACUUGCACCGCCAUUUUGUUUAUUUUAUGUAGUACGUAGCCGGUCGUGGUUGGGCAACAAUUUUUCACUUGUUGCCCGGUGGCAUACAUAGCAUUUAUCUAAAGCCACGUGACCACAAAUCAGCCAAUCAUGUUUGGUUGACGUUACCCUCCACUAAAAUACCAAACCUUUUAAUUUGUAAUCUCCGCUCCCUGACGUCCAAGGUCGACGAACUUGACGCUGUGGUGUCUUUUAACCAAACGGACAUGGUCUGCAUUACAGAGACUUGGUUAUCUCCUGCAAUUCCUGACAAUUUGGUAUCUUUGUCCAAUUUCAAUCUGUUUAGGAACGAUAGACUGGUUUCAAACGGCGGAGGUGUUUGUGCCUACAUAAAUAGCAAUAUCUAUUGUAGACGAAUUGAGGAAUUUGAAAACUCUUCGAUUGAAUCACUGUGGUUAUCAGUGAGACCAAAGAAGCUACCCCGCUCUGUCUCGGUUGUCUUACUGGCUGUUGUUUACCAUUCAACAGCAUCCCGCCAAACUGAAAAUGUAGAAUUGUAUUCACACAUUCAAACCAAUGUGGACUCAUUUUUAUAUUCCCACCCUGAAGCUUUGGUCCUAAUUACGGGCGACUUCAAUUUUAGAAGCACGGGUCUCGAUGCAAACCAUCUUAAAAGAAUUGCUGGUCUGACGCAGAUAGUCAAGGUAGCUACCAGAGCUGAUGUAAUUUUAGACUGGUGUUUAACCAACUCAAAGGUGGAUAAUAUUUACGAAUCAAUCCAACUCCCUCCCAUUGGAACCAGUGAUCAUUAUACGAUUCUUAUGAAAGCCCAACCUUCUCCCUCAAAGCCAGACAAUUCACAUAUAUGGAAACGCGAUCUCAGAGAUAGCAGGAUACGGCCUUUUGGACGAUAUAUCACUACAUUUGACUGGUCUCCUAUCUUGGACAUACAUGUCUGUGAUACAAAAUAUGAAAAGUUUAACGAUACAAUGACUGUGAUGAUUGAAAAAUUCUUUCCCUUGGAACGGAUUAAAGUACGAAAGUGUGAUAAGCCUUGGAUGACGUCAUCAAUAAAGUCUGCUAUUGGGAGACGCCAAAAAGCCUUACACGAAAGCGGGAAAAAUUCAGAUAUUUAUAAAUAUUGGCGUAAUAGAGUCCAAUCAUGCAUUAAAGUUGCACGAAAGAUCUACUAUAUGAGGUCAGUUGAGAAAUUAAAAAAUUCUAACCCGGCAAGAUGGUGGAAAGAAGUGAAAGCCAUUGGUGGUCUCUCGUCAAAAAAUUCUUGGUAUUCUCAGCUAUUUUCUGAUGAUGUUCGGAAUUGUGAAGAACUGGCCGAAAAUUUUAAUAACUUUCUUACUGCCCUUACAUCACAUUUUGACCCUCUAACUCUCGACGAAAUCCAGGAGGGCCUUAGAAGUACCAAACCAUUACCUCGUUGA